AUGGCCCGCUACACCAGUGUCCCGAGUUCUCUACAAGAUCCCGAGUACGAUGAGAAGGACGUCGAGGAGAGGGUCCUGGAUGAUAUGGUCGACGAGGACCUCACGAAAUAUGAUAGACUGCUCUUGCGACUGACCUGCCUCUGUGCAGUUCUGUCCGCCUUGUUUGCUCUAGCGACUCUUCUCGGACGCUCUCCACCAUCUAGGUCGAAUACGGCUGUGAAACGACCGAAUCCAUACCCAGGCCUCGAUGCUAUAUCCUACGGAGACGAAUACGAGCCUUUCAAGCCAAUCACUUCGCUAUCCCAGCUACUGCUUCAGAUCCAAACUAACGACCCUUCACGAAAACUACAUGAAGACGCCUCCAGACAGCGCGACUCAGUCAGGGGAACGUUGUAUCCAGAUGACCGACACUUUAUUGCCUCACGGGAGAUGUCGACUGUCGUCCAAUUCAAGAACCUCGACUACGGCAUGGAGCGCUGUGUCCUACACGCCGUGCUCCCCAACAAGACUGCAUCCUUGGACCCGGCCAUCCAGCUGAAGCCAUCCAGCAUCAUCGACGUCUGGCGGCUCGACCAAGACACCGAGAUCUCUCCGCAGAGCCCUGAAACAUGGGCACUCGCGCCGCGGCGGCGGGCACUCUUGGAACGAUUCGAAUUCCCAUCGGAGAACGGCGAAUGGAGGUCCAAGGAGUUCCACUGCCCGUCGCUGACGUUUACGAUCUUGGAGUUUGCUUGUGCGUCUGUUUCUCCGGACUGUCAUGUCGAGUUCUGGCAGGACCGGAUGUCGGCGAAUGGCGUAUACCUUGAGCAGCACGACUCGUUCGCCAAACCAAAGCCCUCAAAUUCUGUUUAA